UAAAGGAGCAAUAUGUUACUAAUCCUUUCUUCAUCAAAUUUCACCUCUCCCAUUUCUCUCAACCAAACCCCAAACCACCAUAGUUGAUAAGGCACAAAAAUGGCAUCUACUUCAACAAGCUCUGCACUUUCUCCUCUCUAUGAAUCCAAAUUCUUCUUCUCCACCUUCACUUUUCCCCGUAAAUUCACUUUCCCCCUCAAACUUCUCAAAUCUUCCAUUCAAACCCCCAAAGUUUUACAACCCCAAGUUUCAAGAAAAACUGUUUCUUCAUCAAAAAGCAAACUUUGGGUCAACCCCAAAAGCCCCAGAGCUUCUGAGCUGAAGAGGAAAUCUUAUGAUUUCAGGUAUGCUUCAUUAGUGAAAGUAGCUCAGUCUUUGGAUUCUUGUAAUGCUGUACAAGAAGAUGUGUUUAAUGUUUUAGCUAAUUUGGGUGAUAAGUUAGUAGAACAAGAUGUUGUUGUUACUUUGAAUAACAUGUCUAAUCCUGAAACUGCGUUGUUGGCUAUGGAGUAUUUUCAACAAAGGUUGAAGUUUAGUAAAGAGGUGAUUGUAUAUAAUGUGAUUUUGAAAGUUGUGAGGAAAAAUAAAGAUUUUGGCAAAGCAGAGAAGGUGUUUGAUGAAAUGAUUGAGAGAGGUGUAAAGCCUGAUAAUGUUACGUUCUCGACGAUUAUUAGUUGUGCUAGGCAGUGUAAUUUGCCUGAAAAGGCGAUAGAGUGGUUUGAAAAGUUGCCGUCUUUUGAAUGUGAACCUGAUGAUGUUACAUAUUCGGUGAUGAUUGAUUGUUAUGGUAAGGCGGGUAAUGUGGAUAUGGCGUUGAGUUUGUAUGAUCGUGCAAGGACGGAGAAAUGGAGGAUAGAUGCUGUGACGUUUGCGACGUUGAUUAGGAUUUAUGGGACUGCGGGGAAUUUUGAUGGGUGUUUGAAUGUGUAUGAGGAAAUGAAAGUGCUUGGUGUAAAGCCUAAUAUGACUGUGUAUAACAGUUUGUUGGAUGCUAUGGGAAGAGCUAGGAGGCCAUGGCAGGCAAAGAACAUUUAUGCGGAAAUGCUAAGCAAUGGGUUUCAACCAAGUUGGGGUACCUAUGCUUCACUCGUUCGAGCUUAUGGUAGGGCUCGUUAUAGUGAAGAUGCUCUUAAAAUCUAUAAAGAAAUGAAGGAGAAAGGGUUGGAGCUUAGUGUGGUACUAUAUAAUACACUUUUGGCAAUGUGUGCUGAUGUCGGACUUAUGGAUGAGGCCUUUAACAUUUUUGAGGAGAUGAAGGCCUCGGGCUGCCAACCUGACAGCUGGACAUACUCUUCUCUAAUCACCAUAUACUCUUGUAGUGGGAAGGUCUCGGAGGUGGAAUCAACAUUGAAUGAGAUGAUGGAAGCAGGAUUUGAUCCAAAUAUCUUUGUCCUGACCUCGCUUAUUCAGUGUUAUGGAAAAGCAGGUCGGAUAGAUGAUGUCGUAAGAACGUUCGAUAGGCUGUCAGAUUUGGGAUUAUCUGCAGAUGAGCGGUUUACUGGUUGUCUUCUUAAUGUGUUAACACAAACAGCAAAGGAAGACCUUCAUAAGCUAACUAUCUGCCUUGAGAGGGCAAAUCCAAAGCUUGGUUACGUGGUGAAACUCCUGCUGGAUGAAGAGGUUGUUGAAGAAGAAGGCGUAUUUAAGAAACAUGCUGCUGAACUUUUGGAUUCUGUAACUACGGAUGUACGGAAAGCUUACUGUAACUGUUUGAUUGACAUAUGUGUCAACCUUAACCAGUUGGAGAGAGCUUGUGAGUUGUUAGAUGUUGGGCUAACUCUCAACAUCUAUAAGGAUAUUAUGUCUCGAAAUGCAACUCAAUGGUCUUUACAUUUGAAGAGCCUCUCGCUCGGGGCAGCUUUAACAGCAUUGCACAUCUGGAUGAACGACUUGAACAAAGCACUUGAAAGUGGGGAAGAGUUCCCAUCAUUGCUUGGAAUCAACACAGGACAUGGAAAACAUAAAUAUUCCGAGAAAGGUCUGGCAGGUGUAUUUGAGUCGCACCUUAAGGAAUUAAAUGCUCCGUUCCAUGAAGCACCUGAUCAUGCUGGGUGGUUUUUGACUACAAAGGUUGCGGCUACAUCAUGGUUGGAGUCUAGACGUGCUCAAGAGGUGGUUGCUUCUUAGCAGUGGCCUCGGCUUCUUUUACGCUCUGGCCUUGAUGAUUCUUGUGCUACAGAGAUUUUGUUACUCUUACAUUUGAAAGUUCGGAAAUUUGUCUUUGACAAUCGCGAAUCUUGUUAGCAGCUGCACCUCCAGCAAGUAUUGCCUCUUCAAGCUCUUUAAUAGUUUGGGUAAGCCUUUCAACUUCUAAAAUCUUUUGACGGUUUGUCUUAUCCAGUAUUUUGUGUUCCUCCUGCAGAUGAGGAUCAAAUUCAUGUUUAUGCUGUUUGUAUACUAUCCAUUAACUUGUUAUCUACGUUCCUCGGACUCAGACAAAAAUGCUGUCGCACUCGCGUUGGAUCCUUCAAAAAUGCAUGCACUACUGGUCGAGGAUCCGGCCGGCAUAUACAUUUUUGAAGAGUCCGAGCAACGUAGCUUUGUUAUAUUCUGUUGGUUUUAACUCAUGCCUGGCAGAUUUCAAUUUGUCGUCUUAGCUCAAAGUUGUGAUUCUGAACUUCUUCGACUAUUAGUGCUCUUUCGAAAGCACUUUUUAGUAUCCUUUCUGCUUCUAGCAAUGCUGCUUCUUUCGACU